CUCUGCAUACCGCCUAGAUUGGUGUUUGGUGAACGUCUUUACAUCACUGACGGGAUCUGGAGUUUGCGCGUUUCCGGUUCAACGGUGGCCGUCGUUGUGCACGUGGUCCAAGAUCCGCGGAGAGGGGGUGGGAUUCGUCUGCUCAGAGCAGGGCGAUGAGAGUCAUCGGGGAUGUGCAUGUGCGGAGGCCUCGCGGAGGACAACGCAAGGUUCGUCCUACUAGCCGGUGUCCUGGCCGCCUACAUGCUCGCCGGUGCCGCUCUUUUUCAACGGCUGGAAGCUGACCUGGAAGUUCGACAGGCUGCUGAAUUUUGGCGCGUCUAUCACAACUUUCGAAAACAACACCUUCAGCCAGGAACUGAAUCUGUUCAUCGGUUACACGAACUCCUAUCCGCCUACGGAAACGCUUCGUCUGCUGGCAUCAUCAACAAAAGGCGACGCUGGGACUUUCCGGGAAGUUUUCACUUCGUUGGAACCAUCGUGUCGACGAUCGGAUACGGCAGCACCGCCCCUCAGACGACUGCUGGACGCGUCGCCGUUGUUCUCUACGGAUUCCUGGGCUGCUCUGGUGGUAUCCUGUUCUUCAACCUCUUCCUGGAGAGGAUAAUCACCUUCCUGGCCUGGGUGCUGCGCAGCAUCCACCUGCGACGUCUUAAGAAGCGUCUACGAAAGACGACGCUUGCCUCGCGACGAAUAUCGCGAGGCUCGACACGCGCGAGAGCCUCACUCCCGGACAUCCUUGACGACGACGAUGACGUGGGUCUGGAGCACUGGAAGCCGAGCGUCUACUGGGUGAUGCUGUACUUGUCACUGGCCUCGUGUGGGGUGGCUUGUUGCGCAGCGGCGGUUUACGCACCCCUGGAGGGCUGGAGCUACUUCGAGGCGUUGUACUUCUGCUUCGUGAGCUUCGCGACCAUCGGCUUCGGCGAUUUCGUGACGACGCAGCAGCCGAGCUAUCCAUUCGUGCACUGGUACCGCUUCGCAAAUUUCGUUUUCCUCGUGAUCGGGUGCUGCUGCAUUUACUCGCUGCUCAACGUCACGUCGAUCGUGAUAAAACAGGCCCUCAACUGGGUGAUAGAGAAGCUGCGUUGCGACGGGGGCGGAAUGGCCGCACCCCGUCUUCCCAGGAGACGGUCUUCCGUGUCUGCAGUCUACUGCACUCGACGAAGACCGACGAAAGUCGGCGCCAGGGACUCGAUGCAUAGCUCAGCCGGUGAACCUGACGCCUCGGACACCCCCAGGCGGUUGUCCGGGGAGCUGAUAUCCAUGAAGGAUUUCUUCUCAGCGAACAAAGUAUCCCUCGCCGUGAUGCAGAAAACACUUUACGAAACCGCCCAGAUGCAGAGGGGCGGUGGGACUCCCUCGAAUUCGACGACCCCCCAUCAUCAACCGACCUUCAAGCCUGGCGCCGUCGGCCCUCUUGCUAUUGCGAGCGAAAAGUUCUGAGCGGACUCCCUGGAGUGUUGAUGCACAGACUCUAAAAAGUAAAAAGUGACCGGCCUUAAACAGCCUUAUAGCCAAGACUGAUCCAUUAGGAUACAUGCGACAUGAGGGUGAUCCUUAUUUAGGGUGUUGACGAAUAUUUUUUUCGUGCCGCCUCGCAAAUCGACUGCGAAUAAUUCAAAAACGAUUCCCUAAUUUUUUCAAAUUUUUAUCUCUACUCCUUGUGCUAUCUCACGAAAUUUUUGUUCCGCCGUAAGAAUAAUAUGGGAUUUUAUGAUCACUUGACACUUUUUUUUUUUCCGGAAAUUUUCAUGAGAAAAACCUUAAACAA